AUUUUCAACAAAUCUCUGCUUUUGUUGCUUUAUUCUUUCCUUGCUUUGUGCGUUUUGUCCAAUUCUAUGUUCAAAAAGCCAAGAACUUGGACAACCUAUAACCAGUAACACUUUCAGCCAACUUUUUGUUCUUCAAGAUCAAGGCCCAGACUUACCUUUUCCAGGAAACCUCCCCAGACCCCUUCUGAUUUAGGUACCGUCCUCUGUGCUCCCUGUGAUUAAAUCAGCCUCUGCACAUAUUACACAAUCACUAUGCUCUGAUUUCCGUUUACUUGUCUCUCUUUUGCAAUCUGUGCCAUAUUCCUCUUUUUAUCCGCCAUGCCAAGUGUGGAUCCUGUCGCAUAGCAGGCCUCAUAAAUACCUAUUGAAAUAAUUAAUAAUAGACGUAGAACCAUAGGGCUUAGUGAGCCCCUGGAGAAAGGAAUCAAAGAUGUUUCUGAGGCCUCUGUAUCGGGAAGUGCAGAAAUUUCAUGGUUUGAGAAUGGGCAAGAAGGAUCAUUUGUGAGCUGUAUUUAACGCAAAAGUUGCUCCCCCAUCCUGAUUUCUUAGCUCACUGGGCCAAUCGGCGGGUAGGACCGGUGGAGCUCAAAUUAGGAGAAAAAACCACACUUCCCGUCAUGCCUCUGGGCACCGCUCCCGUUUCCCCCUCUUCGUCACCGCCUCUUCCCCACGGAAAUGAAAGGAGCGCUUCCGGGUUCGGCAAUAACCUGGAGCCGGCGGCAUAGGUUGGCUCUUAAGGGCUUCACCCCAAAGCUCCAUCUUCGCUCCCGUCUUUCUGGAAACACUUCUUUGAUCUCGGCGGUGCGGGACAGGUACCUCCCGGCCGCUGCGGGUGCCCUGUAUCCAGUCGGCUGCACCGGGCGAGCGAGACCCUUUCCUGGUGGAGGCUCAGAGUUCCGGCGGGGUGCAUCCGGCCUGUGUGUGGCGCGAGGCAGGGAAGCCGGUACCCGGGUCCUGGCCCCAGCGCUGACGUUUUCUCUCCGCUUUCUUCUCUCUUCGUGGUUGCAGCGUCACAGACGCUAGUGUGAGCCCCCAUGGCAGAUACGACCCCGAACGGCCCUCAAGGGGCGGGCGCUGUGCAAUUCAUGAUGACCAAUAAACUGGACACGGCAAUGUGGCUUUCUCGCUUGUUCACAGUUUACUGCUCUGCUCUGUUUGUUCUGCCUCUUCUUGGGUUGCAUGAAGCAGCAAGCUUUUACCAACGUGCUUUGCUGGCAAAUGCUCUUACCAGCGCUCUGAGGCUGCAUCAAAGAUUACCACACUUCCAGUUAAGCAGAGCAUUCCUGGCCCAGGCAUUGUUAGAGGACAGCUGCCACUACCUGUUGUAUUCACUCAUCUUUGUAAAUUCCUACCCAGUUACAAUGAGUAUCUUCCCAGUCUUGUUAUUCUCUUUGCUUCAUGCUGCCACAUAUACGAAAAAGGUCCUUGAUGCAAGGGGCUCAAAUAGUUUACCCCUGCUGAGAUCUGUCUUGGACAAAUUAAGUGCUAAUCAACAAAAUAUUCUGAAAUUCAUUGCUUGCAAUGAAAUAUUCCUGAUGCCUGCAACAGUUUUUAUGCUGUUUAGUGGUCAAGGAAGUUUGCUCCAACCUUUUAUAUACUAUAGAUUUCUUACUCUUCGAUAUUCGUCUCGAAGAAACCCAUAUUGUCGGACCUUAUUUAAUGAACUGAGGAUUGUUGUUGAACACAUAAUAAUGAAACCUGCUUGCCCACUGUUUGUGAGAAGACUUUGUCUCCAGAGCAUUGCCUUUAUAAGCAGAUUGGCACCAACAGUUCCAUAGUUUAACAUCUAGUUAAGCUACAAAUAUAGUAUAAGCAUUAUUAGCAGCUGGUACUUCUGCUAGGGGUUGUAAAUUCCAGGUGUUACACUGACCUCAGUCCAAUUUACAUAAUUUACAUAAAUGCAUCUCAGUAGAAAAAUAAUCAUUUUCUUGGCAUGUUAAAUCAAGCUUAAAAAGUUUUGAGAAAAUUUUACUGCGCCGUGUUGCUAAUGGUUAAAGAAGUCUGUAUCUAGUGAUAAAUGUACCAAUUUUUUAAAAAAGAUGCUGUUGUGCCUAUAUCAUGAAGUACAUUUAUUUCUCUUGUAAAAAAUAGCUCUAAAAUUUGUUUCAACCUAAUUGGUAACCUGAGUUUAUAUCUGGCGUGAGUUCAUUAUGGUGAUAGACAUAUGUGAAUUCAGUACAUUUUGAAACAGUAUUCUACCAUUCAGUAAUUUUGGUUAAUGAUUUUAACAUUUCUCAGUGUAUUUAAUUUCAAAUUGUUUUCUUAAUUGGUUUUAUGCUGCUUUGUUAGGACAGAUGUGUUUUGAAUGUACCGUUAAAAGAAGAAUUCUAUGUAUCUUAAACUAUGAUCUUCUAAAAUUUUAUUUCCAUAAGUACUUGUGUGGCCUUGAGAAUUUUUUAAAAGGCUCAACUGUAAGCCUCUUAGCCAAUUGGAUAAAUAUUUGGGGUCACCUAGCCAUUGAAAGCAGUAGUGACACAGCUUUCCCUUCAGAGAGCCAUUGAGAAACAUUUCUCAAAUAGGAAAUCCUUCUUUUGCUAAUGUGGACAUAUAGAUUAUUCGUAUUAUAGUUUGUAGAACUACCUAGUUCAGAAUCUUGACUGCCAGUUUUCUUGGUUUCUUGGCCUUGAAUUUUCAUAGACAAUUGCAACAGUUUAGAUGCCUUUUGAAAGGAAUUAACGAGGAUUCAGCAUCUGACUAUAUGUGUGUCUAUUCUGAAAUAAUAAUGGAGAGUAUACUGUAGAUUACAUGUUUACCCAUCAAAUCUGACUUAAAAGGUUAAAUGGAAGGUUUUAUAGGUAAGGUAAUUGAUUGGGAAUGGGGUAGGGAGAGGAGUUGUGGGGGAAUAGUGUGCAUUUCAGUCUCUUAAUGCAUAGAUAAAUUUAGGGGAAUUGGAUGUAUUAUGCAACUUUGAUUUGGGUUGUAAAAUGUGUUAAAUCCUGUUCAUUGAACUCCCAUCAACUCUUAUAAAAUUCAUGCUGAUCUUCGUUACCGUUGCAUGAUUGGAAAUGUUUAAAACAUUGUACAGUUUUAGUAUAGAGAAAUGUAAUGGUUUUUGUGACCAGUUUCUGUCUGCAUGUAAUUUGGAUUUCUCAAAUACAUUCAUUAGUAAUUUAUCAGCAACAUUAGUUUUAUUUUUGUUCAUCUUCCUAAUCUAUAAAAAGGGGAUAUUCUUAGGAUAAAUACAUGAAAAAUUAUACUUGAUAGCUUAACUAUAAUCAGCUAUUUUUGUAUUUUUGUAAUAUCUGUCCACUAAGUUGGAGAAGCAGCCUCAUACAGUUGAUUUUGUGUAUGUGGCUAGUCUUAUUGUCACUAUAUAAGUAAUCUAAUGGUUUUAGAAACUAAACUUUCUAGAGCAAUAAAAUGACUAUAAUGUUAAGUAAACAUAACGUUGAUUUCUAAUUAUGUUUUAAAAAAUGAAGUCUUGAAUUAUAUCAAGAAAUUUUGGCAGCUGAAGUCAUGUUUAUUUUGAAGCUAUUAGUAUUUUCCUAUAAUUUAAAAAGAUCUUUUAGAUUUAUAGAAGAGUCAGACGGAAAUGUACAAGUGAGUUUUUUUUUGUUUUGUUUUUGUUUUUUGAGAUGGAGUCUCUCUCUGUCACCAAGGCUGGAAUGCAGUGGCGCAAUCCUGGCUCACUGCAGCCUCUGCCUCCCUGGUUCAAGUGCUUCUCCUGCCUCAGCUUCCCAAGUAGCUGGGACUACAGGCGCACGCCACCACGCCUGUAGUCCCAGCUGUAUUGUAAAAAUACAAAAUUUUUGUAUUUUUUGUAGAGACGGGGUUUCACCAUGUUGGCCAGGAUGGUCUCGAUCUCCUGACCUCGUGAUCUGCCUGCCUCGGCCUCCCAAAGUGCUGGGAUUACAGGCGUGAGCCACCACGCCUGGCCAAGAAGAGUUCUUUUGCAUACCCUUUACUCAGCUCCUCUCAUGUCAACGUUUUACAUAACUGUAGAACAUUUAUCUGAAGUAAGAUAUUAGCCCAGAACAAUACUACUAACUGAAGUAUAAAACUUAUUUGAAUUUCAACAGUUUUUUUCAUUUCUUAUUUUCCUUUUGUGUGCUCUGUUUAUACCAUGAUCCAUGAUUAUGAUUGUCUUUUAAAGAUCUGUGUGUCUCUGUUUUGAGUUUUUCCUCUUUAUUUUGAAAAGUACUGUUGGUCAAGAUAAUUGGUCAAUAAUCCAUCUUGGUUUUAAGAAAAAGCAUUUUAACAUUAAAACUACUACAGUAUAAAACAACA